ACCUGCGAGUAUCUUCUGUCCAGUGGGAGAUUUCUUGGAGACAAAGUAUGGCAGCCCCACAGUUGUAUGAUGCACAAGUACAAAAACAGUGAAGCAAAAAAUUGCCUCCUAGACAAACAUAUUGCAUUUGUAGGAGAUUCGAGAAUUCGACAGCUGUUUUACUCAUUUAUAAAACUCAUAAAUCCACAAGUUAAGGAAGAAGGAAAUAAGCAUGGAAACAUACCUUUUGAAGAUAAAUCUGCUUCAAUUAAAGUGGAUUUCCUGUGGUAUCCAGAAGUUAAUGGCUCUAUGAGACAACGUAUCAAAUCUUGGACUGAGGCUGCCACGGCAAAACCUCAUAUAAUUGUAGCAGGAGCGGCCACGUGGUCUAUCAAGAUUCACAAUGGCAGCAACGAAGCCCUCACACAGUAUAAAAUCAAUAUCACUUCAAUUGCACCUCUUUUGGAAAAAUUAGCAAAAAGUAGUGAUGUUUACUGGGUCUUACAAGAUCCUGUUUAUGAAGAUAUGCUGAGUGAAAGUCGUAAAAUGAUCACUAAUGAGAAAAUAGAUGCUUAUAAUGAGGCAGCUGUUCGUAUUCUGAACAGCAGCUCCCGGAAUUCCAAAGCUAAGGUUAAGGUGUUCAGCGUAUCCAAGUUGAUAGCACAGGAAACUAUCAUGAAAUCUUCAGAUGGCCUCCACCUCCCUGAAUCAAGCAGAGAAACAAACGCGAUGAUUCUCAUGAACGUCUAUUGCAACAAGAUCCUGAAGCCCAUCGACGGCUCCUGCUGCCAGCCCCAGCCGCCUCUCACGCUCAUUCAGAAGCUAGCUUUCUGUUUCUUUACUUUGUCCUUCAUUGGAUACUUAAUUAUCAAUUUAAUCCAUCGAAAUAAUUACCGGAAGAGCAAACCAUGCACUGACUUGGAAAAUGGAGAAGAAAAGAAACCUGCGGUCGGUGYUCCUGCAGUUUCCACUCUGGAGAUGCUGUUACACUCCUUCUGCAAGCUUGGACUAAUCAUGACCUAUUUUUAUCUGUGCGACAGAGCAAAUCUUUUCAUGAAGGAAAACAAAUUUUAUACACAUUCGUCUUUCUUCAUACCAAUCAUCUAUAUCUUGGUUUUGGGGGUAUUUUAUACUGAAAAUACCAAAGAGACUAAGGUGUUAAACAGAGAGCAGACGGAUGAAUGGAAAGGCUGGAUGCAGCUCGUUAUUUUGAUUUAUCACAUCUCUGGAGCAAGCACGUUUUUGCCAGUGUACAUGCACAUUCGAGUUCUCGUUGCUGCGUAUCUGUUCCAAACAGGUUAUGGGCACUUCUCCUAUUUUUGGAUAAAGGGGGACUUUGGUGUAUACAGAGUGUGUCAGGUUUUGUUUCGUCUCAACUUCUUGGUUGUGGUGCUGUGCAUAGUGAUGGACCGGCCCUACCAGUUCUACUACUUUGUGCCAUUAGUCACCGUGUGGUUUGUGAUCAUUUAUGUCACCUUAGCUCUGUGGCCUCAGAUAGUCCAGAAGAAAGCAAAUGGGAACUGCCUCUGGCACUUGGGUUUGCUGCUGAAGCUGAUCGGCCUGCUCACGUGUAUAUUUUUUCUAUCCUAUUCUCAGGGUGCAUUUGAGAAGAUAUUUUCCUUUUGGCCACUGUCCAAGUGUUUUGAACUGAACGGGAAUGUCUACGAGUGGUGGUUUAGGUGGAAGUUAGAUCGCUAUGUGGUUUUCCAUGGGAUGCUGUUUGCUUUUAUUUAUCUGGCCUUGCAGAAACGUCAGGUCCUUUCAGAAGGGAAGGGGGACCCUCUUUUCUCCAGCAGAGUUUCAAACGUGUUGUUAUUCAUUUCCAUCGCGUGCUUCUUGACCUACUCUGUUUGGGCUAGUAGCUGUAAGAACAAAACGGACUGCAAUGAGCUGCACCCUUCUGUCUCYGUUGUGCAGAUUUUGGCUUUCAUCCUCAUCAGGAACAUUCCCGGGUGCGUCCGCUCUGUCUACAGCUCCUUCUUUGCCUGGUUUGGCAAAAUUUCUUUGGAGCUCUUCAUCUGCCAGUACCACAUCUGGCUGGCAGCAGACACCAAGGGCAUCCUGGUGCUUAUCCCUGGCUACCCCAUGCUCAACGUCAUGGUGAGCACRUUCAUCUUCGUGUGUGUGGCGCACGAGAUCUCCCAGAUCACUAACGACCUGGCGCAGGUCGUCGUUCCGAAGGACAACCCGACCCUCCUGAGGAGGCUGCUCUGCGCGGCCGCCUUCUUCUCGGCACUGCUGCUCUUCUCGGCCAUUCAAGACCAGCCAAGGCAUUAACUUCACAGGGUUCUGGCAAACUCUCUUCAGGUUUACUUUAUGUCUGCCUGAAAGGAAAAAAAAAUCAACUGGAGGUACAAGAAGACAUUUAAAUGAAGUGUGUGGAAAAUGUAUAUAGGGGACAUGUACAUAUUUUGUGUGGCGAUGGCCUGUUCCUCUCGAAGAGGCCGAGAAACGGGGAGGCACUGUACAGCAAUGCAUGUGAAAUUAAGUCUUUUCUACUGGGUAUACAUUUCUGUUUACAUAUCCGCUUAAACGUAACAUGAAGAAGUGAAGCGGGGUGGCCUGGCAGCCCCACGUGGAGAUCAUGGAAUCAGCUCGUCCCUGCGGGCAGCGGCCGGAGCGUCGCGGGGCUGCGUCCCUGGCAGGACAGAGCUCCCUGUGCUCCCUGCCCGUGGCUCCCGCCGAGCAGCACCUUCCUUCUCUGGCAAUCCAGGGAAUUCUGCUAAACAAAUGGGGAUUUCGUGUUUCGGAAGGCRUGUUUUCGAUGGAGCCGGGGUGUGUUAUAUAUGAAGCUCUUCAUACAUUGAAACAAACAGUCAUCAUUGUUUUAGUGAUUUAAGAUUAUACCCACGUUUACAUAAUGUUUUGUGUGKUUUUUUUUCUAUUAUUUUAAGACAUUUUCAGCAGAUACGGUGAAUUCUGGGAUUAAAUUAUUUUUAAAACUAUAUAGACAAAUUUAUUUUGAUUUUCCUAAAAUUGUUUGCUUUUUAAUAAGUUUUCCACUAAUUCAUUUAACUUUUUCCAGUUCUCUGUAGAACCCAGUGAACAAACAGGUGAAUGGGUUUCAGGGAUGCAGCUGAGUGUGGAGAAGGUCUCAAACUCCCAUCCUUCAGUGUGACRAGAUCUCCUCGGACCUCGUGCUCAGACCUCACGGGGAAGGAAGAGCAGGGGAACGUUCACGCUGAGCCUGCCUGUGGCUUUGUAGGGGACUUGGAACCCGGUGACAUAUUCUCUCCUGUAGCCAUAGUUCCAGUGAAAGGGAUGGAAGUCACUCCGAUCUCCUGGGAUGAGGAUUGAGUGGUUUCUUGUGGCAUGCAGCUAGUUCAGGCUCUUCAACUUUGAACCRCGUGAGAUGCCAGGAGAUCCCAGUCUCCCAUGAGAUUGAUGGCGUCCCAAGGUAUUGGGAGGAAUCUGUUUUCCCAGUUCCCAUGGGAUUGGUGCCCAUCCUUCAUUGCCACAAAUCAAGCUCUGAACCUGGUUUUACCUCUUUCCUUUAGUCUAAGUUGAAGGAAAUGGCACUCUGUGGAAGUGGCAGGCUGCAGUUUAAGCUGCCCUGAGCGAGCGGAGCUGUGAUGCCUCCUCCCGUGUUUGUGGCCGGCUUUGCACAGCGCUUGGAGCUUCGGCUGCUCUUCCAUUCUGCUCYGCGGGUCACUCCUUAGCAGUUCGGAAUGAGCAGUGUCGGUCUCAAGCAUCACUACCACUAUAAACUCCGUGAAUCCUGAUUUUCACGGUAGGUGUUCUGGCACGUGCGUGCUUGGGAUACAAGCUCAGCUCAAACAGGGGUGCAGACAGGUCUGUGAUAGCAAAGCUCCAACUUCCACUUCAGGCAAGAGACUAAGUUAAAUGGGGCCAGUUGGUCAGAAAAAGGAAAAAAAAAAUCAAUUCAACGCCCAAGAUGGAUUCAGGGGGCAGCUUGGUUAAACUGCCCGGCUGUUUUGAUAAGCUAGGGAAAGGCAGGGCUUUGUGGGCAGCACUUGCAAGGCUUGGGAAGCCACCCUGCUCGCUCAGAAGUGGCAGAGGGGCAGGCGAGCCCAGUGCCAGGGCAGGACACGUAGCACCUGCAGCAGCACUGGGAGCACCGGAGAACUCYGAGUGUGAGGGAUCUUCCUGUUUGGUU